CCGCCCGCCCGCUCCUCCGCGCCCCGCUCCCGGCCCCGCGCCUAUACUCGCCCCCGCCAUGGCGGACAGUGCGAGCGAGAGCGAUACCGACGCGGCGGGCGGCGGCCCGGCAGCCAUGCAGUCGUCCUGCUCGGCGACCUCGGGCGGCAGCGGGGGCGGCGGCGGGAAGUCGGGGGGCAUUGUCAUCUCGCCGUUCCGCCUGGAGGAGCUCACCAACCGCCUGGCCUCGCUGCAGCAGGAGAACAAGGUGCUGAAGAUCGAGCUGGAGACCUACAAACUCAAGUGCAAGGCGCUGCAGGAGGAGAACCGCGACCUGCGCAAAGCCAGCGUGACCAUCCAAGCCAGGGCUGAGCAGGAAGAAGAAUUCAUCAGUAACACUUUAUUCAAGAAGAUCCAGGCCUUGCAGAAGGAGAAAGAAACCCUCGCUGUGAAUUAUGAGAAAGAAGAGGAAUUUCUCACCAACGAGCUCUCGCGGAAGCUGAUGCAGCUGCAGCAUGAGAAAGCGGAGCUGGAGCAGCAUCUGGAGCAGGAACAGGAGUUUCAGGUCAACAAGCUGAUGAAGAAGAUUAAGAAGCUGGAGAAUGAUACCAUCUCCAAGCAGCUCACCUUAGAGCAGUUGAGACGGGAGAAGAUUGACCUGGAAAACACCCUGGAGCAAGAGCAAGAGGCGCUGGUGAAUCGGCUGUGGAAGAGGAUGGAUAAGCUGGAAGCUGAAAAGAGAAUUCUACAGGAGAAAUUAGACCAGCCUGUGUCCGCCCCGCCAUCGCCUAGAGACAUCUCCAUGGAGAUCGAUUCUCCUGAGAACAUGAUGAGGCAUAUCAGGUUUUUAAAGAAUGAAGUGGAGCGGCUGAAGAAGCAGCUUCGAGCAGCCCAGUUACAGCAUUCGGAGAAGAUGGCCCAGUACUUGGAGGAGGAGAGGCACAUGAGGGAAGAGAACCUCAGACUGCAGCGGAAGCUCCAGCGGGAGAUGGAGAGGAGGGAAGCACUCUGUCGCCAGCUCUCCGAGAGCGAGUCCAGCCUGGAAAUGGAUGACGAAAGGUAUUUUAAUGAGAUGUCUGCACAAGGAUUAAGACCUCGCACUGUGUCCAGCCCAAUCCCUUACACGCCUUCUCCCAGUUCAAGCAGGCCUAUAUCACCCGGUCUUUCAUAUGCAAGUCACACGGUCGGGUUCACCCCGCCAACCUCCCUGACUCGGGCUGGAAUGUCUUACUACAACUCUCCAGGCCUCCACGUCCAGCACAUGGGGGCCUCCCACGGCAUCACAAGGCCGUCACCGCGGAGAAGCAGCAGUCCUGAUAAGUUCAAACGACCCACGCCUCCUCCAUCUCCCAACACACAGAGCCCAGUCCAGCCGCCUCCGCCGCCGCCUCCGCCCCCCAUGCAGCCCUCGGUGCCCUCGGCAGCCACGCCCUCGCAGCCCGUCCCGUCAACGCAGCAGCAGCAGCAGCAGCAGCAGCAACAGCAGCAGCAUUCGGUGCAUCCUUCCUCCCAGCCUUAAUGCAUGAGCUUAGUCAAAUUUCAAGUCGGGACCGGUCUGAUGGAGCCGCCUUCUCAACGCCAAAGGCUUCCUCUCCCCUGGCAUAUUUGGAUCUGAUGUGUUUGCACUGAGGUUGUCUAGCUUCCCUCCUCAUAGUGUUGUGAAUGUCUGUCGGAAACGCAGCCGGUGUCGUGGGGUCUGCAACACUAACCAGACGACUUUUUUUUUUCCCAUCGGUGUUUUACUUGAAUCUCCGUGUCCGUCAUUCCCUGGCUGGAACAUUGCUAUCUGGUAUUUGGUAAUAAGAAGCAGUGUGCGAGCCCCGCCCCUUCCCCCGGCCCCAGGGCUUCUUUUCUUGGCUUUUAGGUUUGUAAAAUAGGAAGGGAAAUCUUUUUUUUUUUUUUUUUUUUUUAUAAUUUUUUUUUCCUCUGUGAAUUUUCAGGAAAUGACCGAGCUGUUAGAAAUCCUCCUUCUCCAGUUCACAGUGGAGUUUACCGAACAUACCAAGAAUUGAGCACUACAGUUCAGACCUUUGCAAACCUAACUCUCAGUAUAGGAUUGGAAGUUAGAUGAAUCGGUGCCCACAACAUGUCUAGUCUAGAGCUUUCUACAGACACACUUUUUACCGAUUGUUUUUGAUGUAAAUGGACCGCCGUGUCUCUUGUGAAACAGCCUACGCAAACAAAUCACAUAGCUGUAUCUCCUCCCACGUGUGCGUGGGAGGGGGAUUAUUGCCUAUUGAGAUGUGAUUCUUUCCUUUCUCCUUAGAGUUAAUCCACCUAAGCCAGUCCCUUCUGCCCUGUGGAUAGAUGCCUUCCCACCAGUGAUCUUGACGACUGACUUGAAUGUGGUCUUGGGUCUCCACUGCAGGAGCCAUGAGAUUGUAACAGAGCCGAAAUGGUUAACCCCCUUCCAUUUGUUUGUGUUGUCCUGAGACAGAGGGUGAGCAAGUAUUUCCCAGGUGCAAACUGCUGUUAGGAAAUACUACUGUUUGAAGUGUGGGUGGUACCUUGGCACCUGGCAGGAAGGAAGUGUAGCCAGCAAAUGGGCUCAUCGGCCUUGACGGCUCCUCGCUUCGCCCAUCACACAUAAGGCAGGAGAGUUACCAGGAAGGUUCUCCACAUGAUUGCCAUUCAUUCAGCACAAGUAAAUCCUUGGGUUUCACUUGGGGUGGAACCCCGAGUGGCUCUGUUCCCACCUUCAUUUCUGUUUGUCAGCGGUUGCUGUGUGCUUUCGUAGUCACGUGCUUUUCCCUGCCUGUGUUCGCAUAUUUAUAUAUGCCGUGGAUGAAAAUAACUUACUAGAGAAUGUAUAUUUUAUGAUGAGAAACGUGAAUCUGUUGGAUAUAAUCAGAGGACUGAAAAUUAAUUUAUCGGUAAUUUUUAAGAGUUCAUGUUUGUGACAACCACCUCUAAUAGCAACUCCUCAUGGAACACACUCCCGAGAACGAGGAACAUACCCUGGUGACAUUGUAGAUAUUUAAUAUUGUACAGUCUAGAAACCUCCAUUUUUGCCUUCGAAUGCAUAUUUAAGAGUUAACAGAAUGAAAAAGUGUUAUUGGAUAAUAGUGUUUGACAGCAUUUUAAGAACUUGAGAAUAAGAACAACGUAGGACCUUUGACCUCUCCUCUUCCGCCCCUACACUGAGAAUGUUAUCCUCCCGACGACCAGGAAGAAACUGUCGGUCUAUAAAAGUUUUAUUUUUAAGGUGUGUGUGAUGGACAGGCCGUAGUGCCGUUAUCAGACACGGGGUGGGGUCUGGCAUUUCCUGUCAAGGCAUUAGGUUUUCAGUGUCAGGCUAAGCCCAGGCAUUUCUCCAGCAGCUCACUGACCCUCUGGGUACAUGACCAUUCCAAGGAAAUUCUGAGGCUAGGGCAGAAGAAUUCUCCCUUCACGGUACAGUCUUUCUUUGAUUUUUUUUUUUCCUUGUGAGAGAAGUAUGGUAUGUUUACAAGACUCUUCCUGGACUUGUAGAUUACAGUACUGUUGGCUAGCGGCUUCUCCUCCAGCCACAAGUCCAUUCUGUAAAGUUCUCUCCUUCACUGCCCAUCAGUUGAGUUACCUCCCAGAAGCACAAGUGUGGAGGCGCUGCUGUGCUGUGCGCCCAGCAGAGCCUCUUAGAGAUAGGUUCUUGACGGUCGGACUUGCCCCAGGAAAUGCCCUGCAGCUUCCUCUCGGACCCAUCACUUCACCUCCAGAUAAACCCAGAUCCGCUAACAGCACUUUCUAGCAAAACCCAGUUGCUUCUCCCUGCAGGCGGUAAGACCAAGAGAACAAACACUACAAUCUGAAUUUAGGAUCUUGUGUGUCACUUUUGAAGCAAGUAGCGAUAGGUAAGAGAAUCAGCUGCUGAGCCCCCCGGAGACAGGAGUCUCCUUGCGGUGGGAAACGGACUUAGGACGUGGCUCCUUUGGGUUCAGCUCCCCACUCUCUAUGGGAGAACAUCCAUAGCCAUCCUCAGCAGGUGAGAUCAACAGUACCUUCAUUUCCUGUCUUGCUGACAGAGACCCUCGGGUACCACUGUGCUGCUAAUAGGUUGAGGGUCUGUUCCCAGAUGACCUCGCCUUUGUACAGAACCCAGUCCACGCACCCAGCACCUAGCGCCUCUGGGCUCUGAACUGCUUUCUCUUGUCAAGCACGCUGGCAUUCUAGACAGAAUUCUAGACCUUUGGCAGAUGUGGAAGUGUUUAAGAUCUUGUUUCAACGUCUUUGAUUGGAAGGAGUUGUCAGUUCUGAGCUCCUGAGACACAGGACAAGUGACCAUGGAGUGAAUGUGUGACCAGAAUGUGGCUUUGACACCUUACGCUGCCUGUGCCUUUUGUCAUUGGCUUCUGAUUCGACCAGAUCUAAUGGAGCAUAUUAAUUUUUUGUUGAUCCUUCCUUGGUAGGAAAACAGUGCGUAUCCCCCAUGGUUAGGUAGACACGAACUUGCCCAGCACAGCGCUCUGCUCUUAAAGAUAGCCCACUAAGACAGGAAAAAGCAUGGCGAUGCGUGCUUCAGAAUGUUGUUGUUUUUUUUUUUGUUUGGUUUUUUUUUUUUUUUUAGAAGUGCAGGAGGAAGUUUUCUGUGUAGCUUGAUCUUCUGUCUAGUACGUCUAAUAGGGUAUCCAGUGCUGAGAGCUUGUAGUGAUGACUACCAAAGAUAUGCAUAGUAAAACUUGUAUUUCCAAAUUAUUAAAGAGCCAGCCAUUGAUGCUGCUCCAUGGCUUCCUUCUCAGGAGCCAUUGUGAGAGACUAAAAGAUUCUUAGGGUUUGUUUUUUUUUUUUUUUUUUUUAAGUUUUAGUUCUCUCUUUCUCUCUUUUUUUCUUUUUUAAUUUUUGAUAAAAAUGUGUUAGCCUACCAUUUUGGGGAGCAUUUCCCAGAAUGCUCAGCAGUUGUGAUUACUGGCCACACCCAGGUCGCCUCUCCUUGAGUGAUCAAUGGGAUCCUCUGUGCGUGCUAGCAUGGGUGCUGUGUGUGUGUGCACGUGUGCGUGUGUGCAUUCAUGCCUUAACUUGGGUUACUGCUGAGCUUCGCUGUUGGACUCGGUCCUCACCAUCAUCAGAUUGUAUUGUGCAUCUUGACCUGAACUUCAUCCUGGAAAAAAAAAAAAAAAAAAAAAAACAAAAAACAAAAACAAGUUUGCAGGCACCACAGGUUGGAAUGCAUUCCUUCGGAAGACUGUCCAGUCAGAUGCGCCCUGAGUUGUCUCCGUGGACUUGAUUUGGGACUUCAUUUGGAAAGAAAGCAGACUGUCCAAUGGGAAGAUGUCGACAAGGAAGAGAGGAGAGCCAGAUGCUAGCAUGCCCUCUGCCUCUGCGUACCGUGUGCUCUGUGUGUUGUUCUGAUAGCCUGUCUGCAGCUUCCCUAGCUUGGAGUUCAGGUAAUGGUGGCAAUCCUGACAUUCUCUGUUGGAGUUUAGAGAGAUGUAAGGCGUCUAGUUCAUGUCUUAUUUACUUUUAUGUUGAUCAGUCUUUAAUACAUGUGCUGAAUCAGAAAAAAAAAAAAACCUAAAUAAAGAUAAUUUUUUUAAAAUGUA